UUUUAGGGCGCUUUUGGUCCAAGAUUUCUAUAAAUACCGGAUCAGUUUUCCCAAUAAAUACCGGAUCACAAAUUAAGAAACGCUGAGAGACCGGAGGUCAAUCUGUGAUACGAUAUAUCUGCAGCAGAGAGAGAGAGAGAGAGAGAGAGGGAUUUGAAGAGAAGGGGCGGACUCUUGCGCUUGCGGCCAUGGCGAAUGCGACCCAAAUGGUGUGCCCGCCUCCGAUGAAGGCAGUCUCGAAUGGGGCUUUUCAAGAUGAGAACCCUUUGGACUAUGCUUUGCCUCUGGCAAUGGUCCAGAUCUGCCUGGUUCUGACAGUCACAAGAUCGCUCGCUUUCCUUUUGAAGCCGCUUCGACAACCUCGAGUUAUAGCAGAGAUCAUUGGCGGGAUAUUACUGGGCCCGUCGGCUGUGGGCCGCAACAAGGCGUACCUGCACAGGAUCUUCCCCCCUCGGAGCAUGACGGUGCUCGAUACCAUCGCGAACAUCGGCCUGCUCUUCUUCCUCUUCCUCGUUGGUCUUGAGCUCGAUCUGAAGUCCGUCCGCCGCACCGGGCGCAAGGCCCUUGGCAUCGCCCUCGCAGGUAUCACCCUCCCGUUUGUGCUCGGGGUCGGCACCUCCUUUGUCCUCAAGUCCACCAUCGCCAAGGGUGUUGGCACUGCCCCCUUCCUUGUGUUCAUGGGCGUCGCCCUCUCCAUCACCGCUUUCCCUGUGCUCGCUCGUAUCCUCGCUGAGCUCAAGCUCCUCACCAAGGAUGUCGGUCGCAUUGCCAUGUCGGCUGCCGCCGUCAACGACGUCGUUGCGUGGAUUCUCCUGGCCUUGGCUGUAGCCCUCUCAGGCAGCGGUGGGAGCCCGCUCGUGUCUCUGUGGGUGCUGCUCACAGGGAUUGCUUUUGUUAUCUUUGUGGUGGUCGCGGUGAGGCCUGGUCUUGCAUGGAUGGCGAGACAGUGUGAUGAUGGCGAGCCGGUGAGCGAGGGGUAUGUGUGCGCGGCCCUGGCGGUGGUGCUGGCAGGCGGGUUCGCCACCGAUACAAUCGGGAUACAUGCUUUGUUUGGGGGGUUCGUCGUGGGGCUGGCGAUGCCAAAGAAAGGAGCGUUUUCUGGGGCGCUGAUUGAGAAGAUUGAAGAUUUGGUGUCCGGGCUGUUUUUGCCAUUGUAUUUUGUGUCGAGCGGACUGAAAACAGACGUGACCACCAUACAGGGGGCUCAGUCAUGGGGGCUCCUGGUGCUGGUGAUCGUGACCGCAUGCUUUGGGAAGGUGCUUGGGACAGUGGGCGUGUCCUUGGCCUUCAGGGUACCUUUCCGUGAGGCCUUGGCGCUCGGCUUCCUGAUGAACACCAAGGGCCUCGUCGAGCUCAUCGUCCUCAACAUCGGAAAGGACCGGAAGGUGCUGAACGACCAGACGUUCGCCAUCAUGGUUCUGAUGGCCUUGUUCACCACCUUCAUCACCACGCCCUUGGUCAUGACCAUCUACAAGCCCGCCCGCAAGUCCAUCCCCAACAAGUACCGCACCAUCCAGAGAAAGAACCUAGACAGCGAGCUCCGCAUCCUGGCCUGCCUCCACAAUGUCAAGUCUGUCCCCGCGCUUAUCCACCUAAUUGAGGCCUCGCGCGGCAUGCGCAGGCGCCCCCUCUGCGUCUAUGCCAUGCACCUCAUGGAGCUCUCCGAACGGCCCUCCGCCAUCCUCAUGGUCAAUAAGGCCCGCCGCAACGGCCUCCCCUUCUGGAACAAAUCUCGCCCCAACUCCGACCACAUUGUGGUGGCCUUUGAUGCGUACCAGUGUCUCAGCUCUGUCUCGGUUCGUCCCAUGACUGCCAUCUCCUCCCUCACCACCAUCCAUGAGGACAUUUGCUCCUCUGCUGAGGAAAAGCGCGCGGCCCUUAUUAUCCUCCCAUUCCACAAGCAUGCUCGGAUCGAUGGGACCUUCGAGCCCACCCACGCUGGGUUCCGCCAUGUGAACGAGCAUGUCCUUGACCAUGCCCCCUGCUCUGUUGGCAUCCUCAUCGACCGCGGCCUCGGUGGCGCUGCCCGCAUCCCUGCAUCCGACUUCUCGUCUUCAGUUGCCGUCCUCUUCUUCGGUGGCCGUGACGACCGUGAGGCCCUACAUUACGCCGCCCGCAUGGCCGAGCACCCCGGCGUGACCCUCACUGUCUUUCGCUUUCUACCCUCGGGAGAGCCAAACAGACGUAACGUCAAGAUUGAAAUGGACAUCGAGGAGCGCGAGGCUGAUGACGCCUUCUUCGCCGACUUCCAAACCAGAGCCAAGACUCUCGAGUCAGUCAAAUAUGAGGAGAAGGUGGCGGCGACUAAGGAUGAAACCGUCGCAGCCAUCAAGACCGUGGCAAGGUGCAACCUGGUGCUGGUGGGGCGUGGGGCGGAGGCUCCCGGGUUCGAUGAGAGGGUUGGCAGCGACAGUGCUGAGCUCGGGCCUGUGGGAAGCUAUUUGGCGACGCCUGAGUUCUCGGCUGGGGCAUCAGUGCUGGUGGUGCAGCAAUAUAACCCGGGCUCGGGAAACAGCUCGCCAUCGCUGGACGAGGUGCAGGAGACGCCGAAGUCAGUGGCGGCCUCAGACUCGGAGUGCUGAGGGUGUAGUAGUGGACGGUGCGCAGGUUCGAUAAUCACGUGUUGUUUUGUGGUUUUUGCUUCUUCCCAAGCCCCUCGUUCUCCCUUGUCUACACAUUCCCCGUAUUGAAAUCUGUGUAUGGCUUGGUUGUGUAAGGUAGGGUAGAGAUUAACAGUGGCCCGGUGAUUGGUCAAUAUCUAUCAUCUGGAAGCGCGGCUGAUCUGCACCGACCAUGGUUGAGGAGACGGUGGAUGGUGCGAUUGGGUACCCACCAUGUGUAUAUAUCGCAAUAAAUUCUGAAACAAAUUCUUAUCACUAGAAAAUGACUUUAUUACUCGUAUCUGGUCGCGAUGAUAAUGAUUCUGUAAGCAUGUUUUGUUUCAUUUGAUGAAGGUUUGUUGGAGGCAUUCAUCUUAAACAAUCAAACUAAUAUGUACUUCUAAAUUUUGUUUGAA